AUGGACGUCGAACUGGUGGACGACGACACUGACGACAGCAAUGGGGCGCACUGGGAUACUCAGGUGGCGGAGUUGGCGAGCUUGCUUGAUAUCAGCACCUCGGUGGCCGCAGCAGCUUUGCAGCAGAGCCACGGGUGCUGGGAGCUGGCAGUGGAUCUGGCUUGUGACCUCAACGCCGUCCAUCUUAGUGCCGCUUCCUCAAGAUCUGAGCCAAGCGCUUCCAGCCGCCCGCCUGCGCCGCAACCUUGGGUCCAGGCCCCGGCAUUGAGCCCGCAGCGUCGGAGUCCCCGCCUGCGACUUGAGCGCUGCGCUGACGCUCGCCCACAUCCUUCCGAGCCAAGUGCUCCCGUGCGCCCGGCCGCGCCGCAGCCGCCCAGAGAGGAUCACGUACGCCCUGUUGAACCAAGUGCUCCCAUCCGCCCGGCCGCGCCGCAGCCCCCCGUCCAGGAUCUGCAGCAACUCGCUGAGGCAGAAUUGCCGGUGGCCUUGCAGGCGGCGGACGAGGGCUUCGAUUCACUGAGCAGCGCGCUCGCUUCUCUCGAGACCCCGACCAAGAGGCGUCGCCUCGAGAUGCCUCCGAACCGCUUCCACAUUCCCAACAACAGCCAAGAUGCAACAGCCGACAAUCCGCCGCUCUUCCGAAAACAUCCCCUUCGUGACGAGCAGCUCCGAUCUUUGGGAUGGAUGCUCUCCCAGGAGGCGCUCCCGAAGACGCGCCGCCUGAGGGGUGGCUUGCUCGCCGACCGCAUGGGCUUUGGCAAGACCAGUGUUGCGAUUGGCUUAAGUUCACUGGAUGCGACUUUGCGGCCGCCCCGGCGCAAGGAGUCUCGCAAUUCGGGUUUUGUCCCGAGUCUGGCCACGCUCAUCAUGUGCCCUUCGCACCUGCUGGACCAAUGGAAAGGCGAGUUCUGGAAAUUCCUGGGAGAAGACGGAGUGCAAAUCAGCACGCCGCAGGAUCCUGUCCUGACGGAUGCCAACUCUGAGUGCAUCAAGAUCCAGCUUCAUAUCAAGGAUUUCCCUCCGGAAAAGCCAGAGCAGAUGUUCCAUCUUGGUAUGGAGGUCAGUGCUGGCACGGCGACAGGUGUACCAAUCACGUACAUCAGCCAGUCCAGUUUCGCCAAAUUUGCAGAGUGCGUGCCAAGGCAAGAGCAGCCGCAGGUGGGUGAUCGCAUCCUCACGAUAGGGCUCCUGGACGCGGAUGGCAAGCCAAUGAGCACCGGGGGCGCCAAAGCAGAUAUAAAGUACUUGGUGAACAAGGGCAUACUUCCUCGGCAGCUUUAUUAUUCAACGUCGACGGCCGUCGCCACGGUCCAGCUCACAGUUCGCCGAAGAAGAUCGCAGCAAGUGAGCUUCAGAGUGGAGGGAUCCGGUCAGGUCAAGAUACUGGUGAUCCAGCAUUACCACGAGAUGAACUGCUUGGAGCAGCGAAAUUUCUGUGACUUCCAUGUGGUGUUGGCCUCGACAGGAAUACACGCAUCCACUCAGUACGCCACAUCCGUUACCGAGGCGGUGCCCUGGAAAUCUCGUCAGAUCAUGGGGGUCAAGGUUGAGGCUCUCCGCGAGAUGGUGCAGUGGUGGUCUGAGGAUGCGCGGAGCUUCGACAUGCUUCUGAAGCGAUCCCCGGCGCUCUUUGAGAUCGUUUCCUGGCGGCGGGUUAUUCUCGACGAGUUUCACGAAAGCGAAGCCUGGGAGUAUCGUGUCCGGGAGAUGCUCCGGGGAAUCAAAGCGGACCACAAGUGGGGUUUGUCUGGCACGCCUCCCAUGGAGACCGGCGCAGCUGUGGCCGAGCUCGCGGGACUCCUGAACUACAUCGAGGCUUCGGAAGACGAGUCGAAGCACCCCAUGUCCAAGGCAUUGUGGUUCAACCACUUCACGAAGAAGCAGGGUGGCGAGGCUUUAAGGUGGUUUCGGGAUCCGCGAGCGGUCCGCCGUCUGAAUGCGGAUGCCCAGAAAUUUGUCGACAAGUACAUCAGGCAGAACACUUCCGACCUUGUGGAGCGCAUCCGCGUGCAAGAGCACGAGGAAGUUGUGGAGCACACUUCCGAGGAGCGGCUGAUUUAUCGGCAAGCUUGCCACGACCGCGGCAUCUUCGAUCUUCGGGAUGGCUACACGCAUCUCUGCCUGAAGGCCCGCGCAGAGCUCUUGAAGCGAUGUGCCCACUUCGACAUGGGUGAGGGGCGAGCUGGCUGCGCUGGGUCGGCGAUCGAACAGCUCGGCAGUUCGAAGCGCACCUGGCGGAAGAAAGUGGAGGCUCAACUGUGGAUAGAGCUGGCCCGAGCCACUGGGUUUGGCUUCUGGACGCAGGAGGCCAAGACGAAAAUUCGCGAUGAGCUGCCCCCGUCUCACCCGGAGGUCGCGGCUCUUCUCGAGGAGAUGUUCAAGGCCUCCAACGAGGAGUUGCUCCAGCGAAAGGUCAAGGUUUGGACCGAUUCCGGCGAAGAGGCAGGAGACACGGCCCUGCAGUUGUGCUUGCGGCUUUGCGUAAAGAUGGAGACGCAGGAUGGCGAACUGCGCCAGAGACCCGUGGCUCGUCUGGUGCAGCCUCUGCCGGAGGAGGAGUACUACACUGACGAUCGGCAGCGCCAUCUCGUCGUCCAUGCCGUGGCGAAGCGAGCUCGUCAUGCGGAGGCCGAUGAUGCCUUAAGCGACAUGGCCAUCUGCGAGAACUCUUGCGAUCGCCCUGCAGCGAAGGGGAUGCUGAAAAAGGCAUUCGCCAGAGGUAUUUGCGAGCUGAUGAAGCUCCUGGACAAGGCGCACCGCAGUGUGCAGUUCUACGAACAGCAGCUGAAGCAGCUGAGCUGCGCACAGGGCACGGCGGAGGAGCACGAGUGCUCCAUUUGCCUGGAGUCUGCAUCGGACCUGGGUGCAUGGUCCAUCCUGCCAUGCUCCCACAUUUUCCACACCGCCUGCAUCCGCGAGGUCCUCCAGAAAAGUCCUUUGUGCCCAGAGUGCCGGGCACCGAUCAAGCCAUCGGAGAUCGCUUCAGUAGUCAUGGAGUUGCGGGAGCCUGUACCCGUCGAGCCACAGCUGCCUCCGGAUCCUGAGAUGUCCCAGGCCUGGAAGCGCCACGGCUCCAAACUGAACGCCGUGGCCCGGCGCCUGAAGGAAAUCCGAAGGAAGAGCCCGGAGGCAAAAGCCCUGGUUUUCGUGCAGUGGGCUGACUUGGAGGACAAGGUCUGCAUGGCUUUGCAGGACCAUGGCGUGUCGUUCCUCCGCCUCUCCACCUGCACAAAGCUGCAGAUCCAAGAUGGCGCGAUCUUACGAAGAUUCCAGGAGGAGCAAGAGGCAUCGACCCCGCGUGUGCUGGUGCUGUCGCUGCAGAGAGCUGCAUCAGGUACGAAUCUGACAGCCGCCAGCCAUGUCUUAUUCGUCCACCCCAUGAAUGCCGAGAGCGUCGAAGAAGCUCUCGCAUACGAGAGCCAGGCAGUGGCCCGAGUUCGCCGCUGUGGCCAGACGUCCUCCGCUGUGACGGUAUGGAGAUUCUUCACCGCGCAGACGGUGGAAGAGCACAUCCACAAGCUGCAUUUCAGGGUUGCAAACCCUGAUACCUGA